AACUUCGGGAGGUGUAUGUAUGAGCGUUAUGGGGCCCAUUUUAUUCCCACCCUCUACGCCAGUUUCUUCCUCCUGGGCCUUCUGGGUAACUCUUUGGUCAUCUGGGUCAUUGCUUGUGGCGUGUGUCUCCGCAGCAUGACCGACGUGUGCCUCCUAAACUUGGCUGUUGCUGACCUUCUCUUGGUGUGUACCCUUCCCUUCCUAGCCCACCAAGCCCGGGACCAGUGGCUGUUUGGGGAUGCUAUGUGCAAAGCGGUCCUUGGUAUUUAUAAUAUUGGUUUUUACAGUGGGAUCUUUUUCAUCACUCUAAUGAGCAUUGACCGGUACUUGGCUAUAGUACAGGCCAUUUACGCUAUGAGAGUACGGACAAGGUCCUUUGGAAUGAUCGCAGCGGCUGUUACAUGGGUGGCUGGAUUUUUGGCUUCUUUCCCUGAAAUGAUCUUCCUCAAAGAGCAGCCUGUUGUGAAUAUUAAUGGGACUCAGUUUUUCUGCUACCCUGUAUAUCCCACAGCAACUUCGAAUGACAACACCACUUCAUCCAACCCUCACAUCUGGAGCAUCUUCAGCCUUUUUAAAAUGAACUUUUUGGGUCUAUUUGUCCCGAUAGUCAUCAUGGGUUUCUGCUACUCACAGAUUGUCUGGAGGCUGCUAUACAGCCCGUCAUCCAAGAAACAAGCCAUCCGUUUAGUGCUCAUAGUGGUAGUAGUUUUCUUCUGCUGCUGGAUCCCCUACAACAUUGCAUCCUUCUUCAAAGCACUGGAGCUAUUGCACAUCUAUACAGAAUGUGAAAGCAGCAAAGCCAUCAGAUUGGCUUUACAAGUCACUGAGGCCAUUGCCUAUUCUCACAGCUGCCUCAACCCCAUCCUGUAUGUGUUUGUUGGGGAGAAGUUCAGGAGGCACCUGCUAAGGUUGAUAAACAGGGCUCCCUGCAGGCUGUGUCAGAUGGUCUGCAUACCCCAGGACAGAAUCAAUGGGUCAGUCUACUCACCGACCACCAACCUGGGCGAGAGGAGCACUGCUGUGUAA